AUUCCGUACAUUAUUAUGGCACCACCGCAACAACAACGGGGGCGCAAACAACUUUUGCCGUCAAAAUCCUCUUUGAAACUGUCAAAUAAAUCACCUGCCGCAAGACAGUCGCAGGUGUCACUGCAGUCGAUAAAAUGCCAAAAUUCUGAGAAAUCUUGUUGCGUCCCAUCAGCCGUGUCCGAAGCCAUGGACGACGAGGACAAUCAGUUCAUCGUGGACGAUGUCACCAAGAUAGUGAAGGAUACUAUCGAGGGUCUGCUCACAGGUACCGUUUAUCAGCAGGAAAAAGUGAACCAGUGGAGCGCCUCAGUUUCCGAACAAUGUCUGGGUGCCUUGAGUAAACUGAAGAAGAACUUUAAGUACGUGGUGACGUGCAGCAUCAUGCAGAAAACCGGAGCGGGACUGCACACGGCCAGUUCCUGUUACUGGGACAGCGCGACCGACGGUACUUGCACCGUCAGAUGGGAGAACAAGACCAUGUACUGCGUGGUCACCGUUUUCGGACUGGCCAUUUGAUUUAUAUCGAGAAUUUGUUAAGAAAUCAUGACGUUUUUUAGUAAUAUAUAUAUA